UCUUCUUUCAACAGCAACAACAGUUAGUCAGACACCUCCGUAGCUUGCUAGACAAAAUAUACGAACCAAUAAAGCUCUUUAGACGCUUUAGUGUAUAUUAGCCACUGUGUUUUAAACCCACUUCUGUCGUCUAGUUAGUUAUCCGAUUUAAUUGCAUAUUUGCGGUGUUGUUAUUAGUCAGCUAGCGGGCUGGUUAAGUUAGCAUUAGCAUAGCUAGCUAACAUCUCCGACAUCUCCAACAUCUCCGAUGUGUUCACUAAGCUACUCUCCUCCUGAUAAAGAAGAGGAUGUCUGCUGGACGGAGAAAGAGGGUCUGGUGAAAGAGGAGGGGGAAGAGGAGGCUGUUACAAUACAAAAACAAGUAGAGGGUGAGGUUGUUACCGUUAAAGAAGAGGAAGACUCGUUCAGGGUGAAAGAGGAGGAGGAUGUUACAGUAAAAGAAGAGAAAGAGGAGAAUGCUGUUUUUGGAGUGAAGGAGGGAGAGAUGACUGUCACACUGAAAAAGGAGGAAGAAGAGGAGGAAACUGGAUAUCUGGGCCCGGUUUCCCAAACGCAUCUUAAGGUGUCCGAUGGUUCUAAUGAUGAAGUUAGCCGUAAAAUGGUUUUGAGAAACCGUUCCUCGAUUUACACUAGAGAGAGACAGAACUACCGUGGAUCCUCUGGGGAGCCCCAACUACAUCACAAAGCUGACGAGGCAGAGAAGAGUCUCUCCACUUCAGAACAUCUCAAAUUCCAGCAGAGACCCACAGGAAUGAAACCUCACCACUGCUCUGUCUGUGGGAAGAGUUACUCAAGAUCAGAUUCACUAAAAGCACACCAGAGAAUUCACACUGGAGAGAAACCUUAUAGCUGUUCUCAAUGUGGGAAGAGUUUUACUACAUCUAGCCGUCUGACUAUACACCAGAGAACACACACAAGAGAUAAAUCUUUCCACUGCUCAGACUGUGGGAAGAGUUACUCAAGAUCAGAGUCACUAAACACACACCAGAAAAUUCACACUGGAGAGAAACCUUAUAGCUGUUCUCAAUGUGGGAAGAGUUUUACUACAUCUAGCCGUCUGACUACACACCAGAGAACACACACAGGAGAGAAAUCUUUCCACUGCGCAGACUGUGGAAAGUGUUUUCUGAUAUCAGGACAUUUAAAAUCACACCAGAGAAUACACACAGGAGAGAAGCCUUAUAGCUGUGAUCAAUGUGGGAAGAGUUUUAGUCACUUAAGCAGCCUGAUAGUUCACCAGAGAACACACACAGGAGAGAAGCCUUAUAGCUGUGAUCAAUGUGGGAAGAGUUUUACUCAGUCUAGUCAGCUGACUAGGCACCAGAGAACACACACAGGAGAGAAAUAUUUUAGCUGUGAUCAAUGUGGGAAGACUUUUACUGAGCCUGGUAACUUGACUAAGCAUCAGAGAACACACACAGGAGAGAAACCAUAUAGCUGUGAUCAAUGUGGGAAGAGUUUUACUGAGUCUGGUAACUUGACUAAGCACCAGAGAAGACACACAGGAGAGAAGUCACAUAGUUGUGAUCAAUGUGACAAGAGAUACUCUGAUAAUCGAUCUCUUAUUAAACAUCAGAAAAUACAUGAAGGACUUGUUUCAUGAUAU